CAACCCCCCACCCCACCCCCCCGCCUUUCCCCCUCUGUGUAUCACUGUUUGGGGGGCUUUAAUCAGUUUUUAAACGAUUAUUAGCACUUCUCCUUCCCCCCCUCCGCUUUCCCCACGCGGCCCCCCACCUUUACCUCCCCAAGUUCUUCACCCCUUUCAACAUUGUUUUUUCAAGGUUGACGGGGGGGGGGUGGAAGAGAAAGAGUGAAGAAAAGUUGCAAACGUCUCCUCUCUUUCUAAGCUUCCCGCCCCCAUCCACCCCUCAGAGAAGGAGAAGAUAAUAUAGUGAAAAGAAGAGGAGGAGGAGAGCGCGACGGGACGGACGCGAGCUGGAGCGCAGCCGCCCUCCCGGCUCCGCGGCGGCGCCUCUCAAGCCGGGCAGGCGAGGGGGGCCCGAGGGGAGACGCCGUGACAACUUUCAUUUCCCCCGGAGGGAGUCGGGAGGUCGGCGGCCCCAAGAAACAAGAUAUGAGUUAUCCAUCUUACAGAUGAGGAAACUAAGACCUUAGAGAGACUAAGUAAUUUAUACAGAUCCCAAAGCAAGUAAGAAGUGGUGCUGGACUUGGAGGCGAGAUCUUCUGAUUCAUUUUCAGGAUUUUCAGUCCAGUGUAAAGCUGUUGGAGCGAGGAGCAAAGGUAAAGAAUGAUGUAAUGCCCUGGCUGUCCCAAAGCAUCUUUUGUUGUGGAAUGGUUAUUCCAGUCAUCUCUUUAUGAAUCAGAUGUGAGGGGCUGCUUUGUGGAAGGAGUCCUUUGCAAGAACACAUCAACGGGGAAAGAGAAAGGGACAUUCACUUGGAGGGCUCUUGCUGAAAAUGGGUUUAACUCUCCUUUUGCCAGUCACCACCAGCCUGACCUCAUACAUUUUUAGUACAAUGGAGUGGCUGAGCCUUUGAGUACACCACCAUUACAUCAUCGUGGCAAAUUAAAGAAGGAGGUGGGAAAAGAAGACUUAUUGUUGUCAUGGCCCAUGAGAUGAUUGGAACUCAAAUUGUUACUGAGAGGUUGGUGGCUCUGCUGGAAAGUGGAACGGAGAAAGUGCUGCUAAUUGAUAGCCGGCCAUUUGUGGAAUACAAUACAUCCCACAUUUUAGAAGCCAUUAAUAUCAACUGCUCCAAGCUUAUGAAGCGAAGGUUGCAACAGGACAAAGUGUUAAUUACAGAGCUCAUCCAGCAUUCGGCAAAACAUAAGGUUGAUAUCGAUUGCAGUCAGAAGGUUGUAGUUUACGAUCAAAGCUCCCAGGAUGUUGCCUCUCUGUCUUCAGACUGUUUUCUCACUGUACUUCUGGGUAAACUGGAGAAGAGCUUCAGCUCCGUUCACCUGCUUGCAGGGCACCAGAUUGAACAUAAAUCUAGAAGAGAAGAGAAAAAAAUACCGAACUUGGACUUUUAUUUCUUAUGUGGUAAACGAAGAGGUUUAGAAUUGGCAUAUUUCAGGAGGGAAAAUAGGAAGAAAAUGACCAACUGUCUCUCAGGUAGUUGGAAAACUUUUGUAGAGGAGGAGCUGAUGCAACAGAAUGGGAUUGGUUAUGUGUUAAAUGCCAGCAAUACCUGUCCUAAGCCUGACUUUAUCCCCGAGUCUCACUUCCUGCGAGUGCCUGUGAAUGACAGCUUUUGUGAGAAGAUUUUGCCAUGGUUGGACAAAUCAGUGGAUUUCAUUGAGAAAGCCAAGGCCUCCAACGGGCGUGUCCUGGUGCACUGCUUAGCGGGCAUCUCUCGCUCAGCCACCAUCGCCAUCGCCUACAUCAUGAAGAGGAUGGACAUGUCCUUAGACGAAGCUUACAGAUUUGUGAAAGAAAAAAGGCCUACUAUCUCUCCAAACUUCAAUUUUCUGGGCCAACUCCUGGACUAUGAGAAGAAGAUUAAGAACCCGACUGGCGCAUCAGGGCCAAAGAGCAAACUCAAGCUGCUGCACCUGGAGAAGCCAAACGAACCUGUCCCCAUGGUCUCCGAGGGUGGACAGAAGAGCGCCAUGUGCCUCGGUCCACCCUGGGCCAACUCUGCUACCUCAGAGGCGGCAGGGCAAGGGCCCGCGCCCCCGGCCAGCGCGCCCAGCAUGCAGCCCUCGCUGGUGGAAGACGGGCCGCUGGUCCAGGCGCUCAGCGGGCUCCACCUGCCCUCGGGCAAGCUUGAAGACAGCAGUAAGCUCAAGCGCUCCUUCUCUCUGGACAUCAAAUCCGUCUCGUACUCAGCCAGCGUGGCGGCCUCCUUGCAUGGUUUCUCCUCCUCAGAAGAUGCUCUGGAAUACUACAAACCUUCCACGACUCUGGAGGGGACCAGCAAGCUCUGCCAAUUCUCCCCGGUUGAGGAAGUAUCGGAGCAGAGCCCAGAAAGCAGCCCAGGUAAGGAGGAAGCCAGCCUCCCCAAGAAGCCUCAGCCGGCCAGGCCUUCCGAUGGCCAGGGCAAGCGAGUGCACUCAGUUCGACCCGGCGUCGGCGGGACCGGCCCGCGGCCCCUCUGCUCGCCGCUGCACCGGAGUGGGAGCGUGGAGGACAACUGCCAUCCCAGCUUCCUUCUUGGCCUGGCCACCAGCCAGCAACCCCUCGCCAAGUCUGCCGCCGGCCUGGGCCUCAAGGGCUGGCACUCGGAUAUCUUGGCUCCCCAGACCUCCGCCCCUUCCUUGCCCAACAGCUGGUAUUUUGCCACGGAGCCCUCUCACUUCUACUCGGCCUCGGCCGUCUACGGGGGCAGCGCCAGCUACUCGGCCUACAGCUGCAGCCAGCUGCCCACCUGCAGCGACCAGGGCUACUCCGUGCGCAGGCGGCAGAAGCCAAGUGACCGAGCCGACUCCCGGCGGAGCUGGCAUGAAGAGAGCCCCUUCGAAAAGCAGUUCAAACGCAGAAGCUGCCAGAUGGAAUUUGGUGAGAGCAUCAUGUCGGAGAACAGGUCGCGGGAAGAACUGGGCAAAGUGGGCAGCCAGUCCAGCUUUUCAGGCAGCAUGGAAAUCAUUGAGGUCUCCUGAGAAGGAAGACACUUGGGACUUCUAUGGACAAUAUUUCUCUUGUUCACAAAAAAAAAAAAUAUUCCCUGUAAAUCUGAAAUAUAUAUAUGUACAUACAUAUAUAUUUUUGGAAAAUGGAGCUAUGGUGUAAAAGCAAAAGAUGGAUCAACACAGCUGUUCUCUCAACGUCUGCACUUGAGAGAUCAGCUACUCUUUCUCAACAAGAGUGGAAGGGCAGAUGCUAGAUUUCCUCCUAGACAGAUGAAAAAUUGUACGCAGCGCAUUGCACAGCCUCUCGUUUUUACUGAAUCCAGUUUGAUUUGGUGUUGGAGGACAAAAUACCCUCCCGUUUCCGUGUUGUGCUACAAGAGAUCUCGAGUACUAGUCUCUGUCCGGCCCCUUCCGUAGUGCACCUUAGCGCUGAGACUGAGCCAGCUCGUGGGUUGGGCGGGUAGACCCCAUUAGGGACAGAACCUCAUGGUAAACGCAAGAGAAACGAUCCCAUCCAAAGCGGAUUCGCACCUCCAAGCUCACGUGGCAGCCGAGCACUGCGAGCCGCAUUCUGCUGCACAGACCGUUAGGGGCCUUGCCAAGGUCAACUUCAGAGCAAACCCAGUACCUCAGACUGAAAGUCGGGGCUUUCACCACUACCAAGUCUGGUAGCCUGUCUUCUAGGCAUUGUGAAUAGGUAGGUAGCUAGUCACACUUUGCAGACCAAUUCAGACCGUCUCUGCACAAAUUUCCAGGUGGGCCUGGAUGGAGGUAGUUAGUUUUUUCUUCUCAGCUUGAUGAAGAGAAGGGAAACCAUCUAGGAGUCAACUGAACGGCCAGAGAUCUGGCCACAUGAUGAUUUAAGGUAGGUCAGGAGGCUAAACAAGUCUGUCUACCUCCCUGCAUGUAAAUCAAAGAAUUGUUCCAAAUGGGCUUGUUAAUCCUUUAAAUAAAGAUGAACUUGGUUGAA